AUGGCGUCUGAACAAGUAUCUCGCAGAGAAAACAUUACAACCGAGAGAAAGAUUCCCGGCGAGAAAGACAAUGUCCAGAAGACGACAACCCGCAUCGAGAAAGAACUGCCACAGGGGGGUGUAGAACCAUUACCAGGUGGUGAAAUCAACAAAGAUCGUUCAGGGAAAGCAAUUGGAGAUAUUGCUGGAAGAGGAAAAGCAAGACAAAGCCAUGAACUCGGACCUAACGUUCAGUCUCUCCCUGAUCGCAACGAGAAUCCAAAUUACCUUGAUCGUGCAGGUGUUCCUGUGAGUGCGAAUGUAGCAGAAAACAGAGUAGGAGAAAAUGCUCCAAGAGAAAAACUCGAUAAUCGUACCAGAGUGGUUAGUGGAACACCACACAUUAAGGAACAAAACAGAGCAUUGGGAAAGGAGCAAGUUGUGGCAGAGAGAGGAAGGGUACAUGGUGCUGAAAAUCAAGAUGCCAUAUUGGAAAAAAGUGUUUCUGAGGAAAAAGAGAGAGCAAGAGAAAGAGCAAAAGAUGCCAUAUUGGAAAAAAAUGUUGCUGAGGAAAAAGAGAGAGCAAGAGAAAGAGCGAAAGAUGCCAUAUUGGAAAAAAAUGUUGCUGAGGAAAAAGAGAGAGCAAGAGAAAGAGCGAAAGAAGCAACAAAAGAAACACUGAAUAACACAGCACGAGCAGCACAAGAGAAGGGAGCUCAAGCCGCUGAGAAAGCGGCACAGGCCAAAGAAGUUGCGGCUGAGAAAGCGGCACAGGCCAAAGAAGUUGCGGCUGAGAAAGCGGCACAGGCCAAAGAAGUUGCGGCUGAGAAAGCGGCACAGGCCAAAGAUGUUGCGGCUGAGAAAGGCCAACAAGGUUAUGAAGCAACCAAAGACACAGUUUCGAAUGCAGCAAAAAUUGCUGCGGAGAAAGCAGCACAGGCCAAAGAUACUGCUGCGGAGAAAGCAGCACAGGCCAAAGAUGUUGCGGCUGAGAAAGGCCAACAAGGUUACGAAGCAACCAAAGGCACGGUUUCAAAUGCCGCAAAAACCGCUGCGGAGAAAGCAGCACAGGCUAAAAACUUAACUCUCGAGAAGACACAACAAGGUUAUGAGGCAACAAAAGACACAGUUUCAAAUGCUGCAAAAACUGCAGCAGAUUAUGCUACUCCUGUUGCGGAGAAAACCAAGACGGCUGCGGAGAAAGCCAAGUGCGCGGCUGUUCAGGCAAAGGAUGUUACCGUAGAGAAAGGGAAGACUGCCGCGGAAAUCGCAGGGAAAGUGGUGUCUGCUGCGGGGUGGACAGCAACACAUUAUGCCACACAGUUGACGGUGGAUGGAACUAAGGCUGCUGCUAAUGUUGUUGAAGGAGCGGUUGGAUAUGUUGCACCAAAGGCUUCUGAGCUUGCGGCGAAGUCCGUGGAAACUGUUAAAGGCUUGGCUGCUUCUGCUGGUGAGACUGCCAAGGAGUUUACUGCUAGAAAGAAAGAUGAAUCAUGGCGUGAAUAUGAGGCUCAAAAGGCUUCUCAACCUAAGGAAGGUGAAGAAAUCUCGCCAUCAUCAGAAGGCGAAAAUGUGAGCAACUAUAGAGAGAACUUGGUUACACAAAAAGUGAUACCAAGUGAAGAAAGAAUUCAAGCAGAAGGAACUAAUCUUCAAGAGAAGGGUAUAGGAAGCAAUGUGAUACCAACUACUGGUGAAACUGAAACUGUGGAAAAUAUCCUUGAGAAAGAACAAGGAAAAGGAAGUGAGAAAAGAGAGAAGAAGAAUGAAGAAGGAAGUGAUGAGAAUAUAACAAUAGCUGUCACUGAAACUAAGUGA